GACUAAGUUGCAAAAUGCAAAUUUACUCAAUUUGCAAUUUAUGAAAAUUGAAAAUACAACACAGUCCAUCCAUGCUAAUGGAUAACACUCUCGUCCACCUUUUCAUCUUCACUUUGCUCCGCCACCAUUAACGCCGGCCACCGUGAAACCGCCGCAACUGCCUUUUAUCCGACCAAGAUAAAAAUUAAAGAUAUUGGAUGGUGGUGUUUUGAACCAAAUAACAGACACUGGACUAAAAAUGAAUGUGUUAACCUCCAAUGUGGUACAGCAACUGUCACUAUCAUUCUCGAAAUCGCUAUCGUGUUUUGAGUGGCAGAACAAGAGCAAGAAUGCGCUGUCCCUCACAGUGACUGUAGCGAACCCACCGUCUCGGUCAACUGUGAUCCGAAUGGGUGGAGGGCCAAGGACAUACCCAGGUGGGGUGUCCAAGUGGCAGUGGAAGAGAAUGCAGGCCAAGAAGGCCAAGCAGCUCCUGAAAGCGCGGCUAUGCCGGGAGAGACAAAUAUAUGAAAUGAGGAAGAGGGCUGAACUUAAGGCUGCUGUGUCUGAGCUUGAGAAGCCUUGGGAGGUGGUUGAGAAGCCCCCCAAGUUGUUCUCUAUCAAAGCUGAUGAGCAGCUCAAGGUUUUGGCUGAUAGGUUUCAAAAGCCUGGUGGGUUUGACCUUUGGACUGAGAAUGAUGGACCACAGUUGUUUCAAACCCCUGAUGAGUUUCCUUCUGCGAGGUUCUUUCCUAAAGGGGUUGUUCAUAGUAUCAAGCCUUAUAUGAAGGUUACUAGUGAUGACUUGUUGGAGGAACCAGAUGGUCUGGAAGACGAUGAUGGGGAAGGGUAUUGGUCAGAAGAUGUUAUUGAUGGUGAGGAUGGUUCUUCUUCUCCUUUAAGUUAUGGGAAUAAUGGAGUGAGUGUUGACGGCCUAUUGAUAAAUAAUGGGAAUGAGAGGAGAUAUUUGUCAGAGGAUGUUGAUCCAUCCCAUGACGGGGAAGGUUAUUCUCGUUUGAGUAGUGGGAGGAAUGAACUGAAUGGUCGUGGUGGAUUGAGAAAGAGUGGGAAUGGGAGGAGGUAUUUGUCAAAGGAUGUUGAUCCGCCCCAUGACGGGGAGCGUUCUUCUCAUUUGAGUAAUGGGAGGAAUGAAUUGAAUGGUCGUGGUAGAUUGAGAAAGAAUGGGAAUGGCAGGAGGUAUUUGUCAGAGGGUGUUGAUCCGUCCCAUGAUGGGGAGCGUUCUUCUCAUUUGAGUAGUGGGAGGAAUGAGUUGAAUGGUCGUGGUGGGUUGAGAAAGAAUGGGAAUGGGAGGAGGUAUUUGUCAGGGGAUGUUGAUCUCUCCCAUGAUGGGGAGCUUUCUUCUCAUUUGAGUAGUGGAAGAAAUGAACUGAAUGGUCGUGUUGGAUUGAGAAAGAAUGGUAAUGGGAGGAGGUAUUUGGCAGAGGAUGUUGAUCGGUCCCAUGGUGGGGAGCGUUCUUCUCAUUUGAGUAGUGGGAGGAAUGAGUUGAAUGUUCGUAGUGGACUGAGAAAGAAUGGCAAUGGGAGGAGGUAUUUGGCAGAGGAUGUUGAUCGGUCCCAUGGUGGGGAGCGUUCUUUUCAUUUGAGUAGUGGGAGGAAUGAGUUGAAUGUUCGUGGUGGACUGAGAAAGAAUGUCAAUGGGAGGAGGUAUUCGUUAGGAGAUGUUGAUCGGUCGUCUAAUGAAGAGCAUUAUUCAUCCUUGAAUUCUGGGAGGAAUGAAUUGAACGGUGGUGCUAGAAUGAGGAAGCACGGGAAUGGAAGAAAGUUUAUUCCAAAGGGUGUUUAUGGGUCGGAUGAUGCGGAGCGUUCGUCUCCUUCACAUGUGAAGAAUGGAGUGAAUUUUGAUGGUAAAUUCGGGAACAAAGGGAGUGCAAGGAGGAUUAUGUCCAAGGAUGAUCGGUCUAAUGGAACUGGUGAUAUUAGGUCAAGUAGGAACAAGAGUGGAAGGAGGUUUAUAUCAAAGGAUGUUAAUGGGUCUGAUGGGAUGUAUGCAGGAAGAGAUGGUUCUGGUAGAACACAGAGGGGGAGCAAUUCCAUUGCAGGCAGAAGUUAUAGAAAAUAUACUCAGAGGACUUCAAACAAUGCUUCCCCAAGGGUUAGAGAUGCAGAUUCUGAAGUUUAUGAUAUGGGUUUGCAACAAGAUGGAAGUUAUCAAUUCCUAGAGAGUGAGCAAUCUGACUAAACAAAUUGGUAAAACUGCGGACUCUUAGCCUAGGGUCACUCUUAGUUAUCAAUGAGUUUUGAUGUUAGUAAUAGGUUUGCUUGAGGAUGAUCAUUGGUGCUUUGUCUACACUUUCCCUGGCAUUGUAAAAGUAUAUUUUGUAUAUAACGCAUUUGAUCUUGAAUGAAAAAGUUGAAAUUUAAGUCUAA